CUUCAGCUACUUCAGCAACACCGGUGGAAACUACACACCUUUUCUUAAUGGAAGUUCAGGAGGUGUUAAUCAACAGGAAGCCCUCCUCACCUGGUGGGACGUCUGGCUGGGCAAGCCCUUUCCGAGCGGGUACACCCAACUUGCCAUCGUCCUCCUCGCCUUCUUCCUCACCUGCAUUAUGAUCUUGGUGGUAGUUGGUAACCUGCUCGUCUGCAUCGCCAUUGCCACGGAGAAGUCCCUGAAGCCGGUCCAAAAUUGGUUCAUCGCCUCGCUGGCCGUCUCCGACCUGCUAAUUGGCCUCGUCAUCAUGCCCUUCUCCCUCGCCCGCGAGCUGAUGGGCUACUGGAUGUUCGGCCAGAUUUGGUGCGACGUCCACGCCGCCCUCGACGUCCUCCUCUGCACGGCGAGCAUCAACAGCCUCUUCCUCAUCAGCCUCGACCGGUACUGGAGCAUCACCCAGGCGGUGAAGUACCUGAAGAAGCGGACGCCCUCCCGGGCCGCCUUCAUGAUUGCCUUUGUGUGGAUCUUCUCCGCCCUGGUCUCACUUCCGCCUCUCGUCGGGUGGAAGAAGGCGGAGCAGAGCAGCGAGUAUCCGCAGUGUAAUCUGAGCGAUGAUAUUGGCUAUGUUCUCUACAGCUCCAUCGGCUCCUUCUACUUUCCA